CAGCUUUCGGUGAACGUUCUGUCCAUUGCUCCUGUUUCAUCAAGAUUUAAUGAUAAUAACAGCUUAAAACACUAGUGCGGAUUGGAUUGGGUACAAUAAUUAUUAUCGUCGAAAGUGUGGACUCGGGUAAAUAAAGAGAGAGAGAGAGAGACAGAGCGAGAGACUGAGCCGACGUACAUACAUCCAUAAACUCAACGUAUAGUUGACUGACGCAAGCCCGCGCCUUUCAAACGCACUUUAAUCUCACUUUGGAUUAGUUGCCAUCAAUUAGUUGUCUUGGUUGUACGAGCGGCUUCUAUAAGUUAACCCGGAUAAUCUUGAAAAAGAAGCGCCUUUAACAAUUCUAACGCGUCGACAGUUGCAACAAAACGAGGAAGUAGACGUAUACGGUGGGAAAGUUGUGUGACGGACUCUUUGUCAGUGUUAACGCGGCAAUGUGUUAGCACAGAAAAGUAACUUUUUCUUUUGUGAGAGUUUUAAACGGUAGUAUGGCAGAGGAGAAGAUGAGAAGUAGACAAGAAAGUACCGAAAGCUUGGAAUCAGCACAAACAUCCACCACAAGUACAUCCGAAGAGUUUUCCGACGAUGACAAGGAUAACAAUGAACUUGAUAUUGACGAUUUUCAAAUCAUUAAGACUGUCGGGACUGGAACUUUUGGAAGAGUACUACUGUGCAGGAACAAGCAUUCAAAUAUAUUCGGAGCAAUGAAAAUUUUGGCACUCGCUGAUGUCAUAAGGUUAAAACAGGUGGAACAUGUCAAAAACGAAAAAAAUAUCCUUCAGGAAGUAAGGCAUCCCUUCAUAGUAAACAUGUUAUGGUCCAAGAAGAGUAAUACAUGUAUAUAUAUGUUGUUCGAGUAUGUGUGUGGUGGUGAACUGUUUUCCUAUUUAAGAAAUGCCGGUAGAUUUAGUCCGUCGACUGGUAUAUUUUAUACGGCCGAAAUAGUGUGCGCUUUAGAAUACCUACAUUUAAAAAAUAUCGUUUAUCGCGAUCUUAAACCUGAAAAUUUACUUUUGGAUAUGGACGGACAUUUGAAAAUAACCGACUUCGGAUUCGCUAAAAAGCUAACCGACAGGACAUGGACACUUUGCGGGACACCAGAGUAUCUGGCUCCCGAAAUUAUUCAAAGCAAAGGACACAAUAAAGCCGUUGAUUGGUGGGCAUUAGGGAUUCUCGUGUACGAAAUGUUAGCAGGUUAUCCGCCUUUCUACGAUGACAAUCCCUUUGGUAUAUAUGAAAAAAUACUGAGUGGUAAAAUUGAUUGGCCCAAACAUUUAGAUCCCGUUGCAAAGGAUCUUAUCAAAAAAUUACUGGUUCAAGAUCGAACAAAACGUUUGGGCAAUAUGAAGAGUGGCGCCGAUGACAUUAAACGUCACAGGUGGUUUAAAGGGAUAGACUGGCAUGAAGUUGAAGACAGAAAAUUGACUCCCCCCAUCGUUCCUAAAGUAUCGCAUCCUGGAGAUUCGAGCAACUUUGAUGAUUAUCCCGAAGUCGACUGGAAAUCAACGAAAAGUAUUGAUGAGUCAGAUUUAAAGCUGUUUGCAGAUUUUUGACGUUAUGUUUCGAGUGUUGUAAGGCGAGUGAAAAAUAUAGUCAUGAUGCACUGUUUGUUUGUUUUGGUAGAAAUUUAUUUAUUAUUAAAGCAAUUUUUGUGAUAUGUUAGGAUACCCCGAUAAGAGGUUUAAGUUGUUGUAUGUGUAAAACAGAAAUGAUUUGUAGAUAGGCAUUUACUCUAUAGGAAAUAUAUUUUUAUGUACAGUUUUCA